CACUCAGCCGGUCCAACCUUAACUUUGAUGCCUCCCACUAAUCUCAAUCACACUCACACACACAAACACUGUUUCUUUUCCUCUCUUUCUCUUUUUCACUCUCAGAGCCCUUAAUCACCACUAACAUAGCUAGCUAAUCCCAACAACAUUCAUUCAUUCAUUCAUUCUAUGUGCCACAUCUACAUGGAUAGCAUUGGCAACAACCCUCCCUCUCCCCCUCAACCUCCACCUCCUAUACAACUCCCAUCUGUAAACACUCGUUUCUCCUCCUCCUCCUCAGUACCAACCACACCCUCAUCUCCGUCACCGGGUGCUUUCCGCUACCGGGGAACCCGUUCCCGGAGCGGAAAGUGGGUGUCGGAGAUAAGGGAGCCACUUAAAGCAAAGCGCAUUUGGCUGGGCACAUACCCCACGCCAGAAAUGGCAGCCGCCGCGUACGAUGUGGCUGCCCUUGCUUUAAAAGGACCAGACACCCCUCUCAACUUCCCCAAUUCCAUCCUCUCCUACCCCAUUCCAGCUUCCUUGUCCGGAAAGGAUAUCCGUGCCGCCGCAGAAGCCGCCGCACACGCCAGGCUCGUGAACCAAACCACUGAGAGUCAACAACAGUUACAACAACAACAGCAAAACCCUUGCUCAAAUUAUCCUGUUGAGGGUUCUUCUUCGAGCGGUGGACAACUUACAAGUGGUGGUGGUUGUGAGCAGCAGUAUAUUGAUGAGGAUGAACUUCUGAACAUGCCGAAUCUGCUGGAUGAUAUGGCGCGUGGAAUGCAGGUUAGUCCACCCAGGAUGACUUCCUAUUCUUCUGAAGAUUCACCUCCGAAUUCUGAUCAAGGAGAUAACCUUUGGAGUUAUAGAUUUUGAGAAGCCCACGUUAGUUAAUUUGUUGUUGAUUUUGAUUUGAUUUUCAGUGUGUUUGUACGGCUUUUUUUGCCCUCUUUUACAGUAGGCACCACUGCUACUGUGUCUUCCAUUGAAGGUUUGGGUUGCUCUUUCUGGUGUAAUAUAGUGUAUAGGACCGUUAAUUCAAGGUCACUAUCAUGUUGAUGACACAGAUUUUAGUGAUUGAUCUCUUGAUCUGAUGAAAUCCGUAGUUCAGUUUGGGGCUCCUAGCUAGUACCUACAUAUGAUUUCCUUUCCUUCCCUUGUAAACUCCUUUCUUGUACUUUUGGUCAUUGGCAUGUCCUCUCUAUCAACAUCUUUGAUUAUUCUGGAUGUGGGUUUUUGCCCCUUUCUUUGUAUUUUGCGGCUGAUUUGUGUUCAAUUAGUCGUUUGUUUAAGCUGGAAGUUGUAGAUGUUUGUAGAAGCUAGCUAGUUUGAGGAUGUUUCAUAUGUGUAAGCUCUUUUGUACAUGAUGGAUGAUCCUAAAAAAAAUGGAACCUGUGUUAUGUUUAUGAUAUGAUCAGUACAAGUUUCCAGAUA